AUGUCGGCUCUCGUCCAGGACUCCCCCGAUCGAGCCGUCACAGCCAUCGAGCCUCUGACAGGAAGCGAUAACUACGCUACCUGGAAGCGCCUCAUGACUUCUUACUUGAAAGCCAGGCAGGUCUGGGACGUAGUGUCCGGCGACCUCCAGCAUCCAGACUGCCAAUUCAAAUAUGCCAAGCCAAUCACCGCGGACAUUAUCCCGCUGGUGGAGCCCCACCUUAAUGGGGCGGUACGGCAGAGAGCCAUCGAGGCUCGCCUCGAAGUGGAGGUCCAAGCUUUCGAGCGCCACAAGGAAUGA